CCAAUACACGCGUCCUCACAUAUUCUUCUCUACUCCAUCUCUUUUGUUCGACCACCUUGACCAUUUCCAGAUCACACGGAGAAACCAGAGACCCUAAACCCAAAAAAGAGGAGAAGAUGCAAUCAAGAUUGGCAACGGCAGCAUCAAGAACGAAUUCGCCGCUGUAUGCAGCCGGUAAUUACCAGGCUUUGUUUCGAAGAUUUGCAUCCGGAGCUUCCGUUAAAGGAAGAACAGCUGACCCUGAAAUUCAGUCCGGUGAACUCGAAGCCGGACCCGAAGUUCACACCGGUGAAGCUCAGGGCAUAGAAAACCAUCGAGAUGAUGACCAUGAAUUUAAUGAUUUCCGAUCACAGAAAGAGACCAAACCCUGUUCCGAAACGGAUCCGCUAAAACGAUCCAAUCUGCCACAUGAAAGUUCUCCGAGACUCAAGAGUUCACCGGUGAACCAUCCCUUGGAACCCAACGUUCAACAAAGGCGUACCAAAGUCAGUGCUUCGGCCGUAGAAGAAGUGACCUGUGUAGGUGUCGACGGCACGCCCUUGCCGGAGAGCAAAGAAGGGGACAAGAGAGAGAAAACGAAGGAUGACAAGGAGUAUUUCAGGGAUCACAAGGCGUCUCCUCUGUCGGAGAUCGAGGUGGCGGAUACGAGGAAACCGAUCACGAGGGCCACCGAUACAAAACAUAGUGGGGGAGAUGUGAUCGGGUGGAAGCCGGAGCAGCUUCUGACGGCUGAAGAGACGCUUUUGAGGGCAUCGGAGAUUUGGAAGGAGAACGCCAUGCGUGGGAUUCCCGAGCUACCGCAUUCUCGAAGACUGAGGGAACUGCGUGGUGAAUGGUUUUGAUUUCAAGCGAAUCCAUGCUA